CAAGCCCAGAAGAAGGUUGCGGCGAGGUGGCUGGUCCGUGCACCGACCAAGCCGGUCCCGCGAUCUGAUUAACUAACCUCCCCCCCAGCCUCGCGCUCACAUGAUCUUCGCUCUCAGCAUCUCUUCGACGACAACCAUCAAAAGCAGCAGCAACUUGAGCGCAUCGACCUACCUGCCGAAAAUAGCGCUCGUCACGUUUUCGGGCACGUUCUUCACAUGACCUCGAGCUUAAGACAGUGGCAGCCCGGGCCCGGACCACAAGAGAGAUCAACAAAUUCACAGCCCGUCAUGGCCGCGACCGUCGGUGUCGCACAUCCUGAUCUCCCCGAGGCCCCAACCUCUCCGGGGCAGAAGAGAAAACGCGCAAGCGGGUCUGGCUCACCAGAUGCGCGCCGCAAUAAACGAAGCGCACCGGCUGCAGCAAUGUCCGUGCCGGAGUCCGAUUCCCAGCCUUUCCUCGGGGACACGGUGAGCAUCGCGCAGGCUGCCCACGAGCACGUAAACGUGGACGAUUUCAGCGCACUCGCCCAGGCCACCGCUGCCGACCACAACGAGGCGCCCGACACCAACAACGCCUCAAGCACUGCGGCUGCCGCCCUGAACAUGUACCCGUCGCUGCAUGUCCCACAGUCCACCGAGGAGGCAUUUGCCAACCAGGCAUCGUCAGAGACCCACCAUGAAGAGAGCAGUUUCAGCAACCAUGCUGUGAGCCAGCCGCCUUCAGAUGGCCUACCGCUGGGGCUGCCGCCUCCGCCGUCCACGCUUCCGCACCCGGGCGCGAACGGGGCGCAACAAGAGCAGCGCUACAGCGCGCCCCCCAACGCCAAGCCUGCCGUUGGUUCGGAGGAAUGGCACAAGAUGCGCAAGGAUAACCACAAAGAAGUGGAACGUCGCCGCCGCGAGACUAUCAACGAGGGCAUCAAUGAGCUAGCUAAGAUCGUGCCUGGAUGCGAGAAGAACAAGGGCUCAAUUCUCCAGCGAGCGGUCGCCUUCAUCACACAGCUCAAGGAGAACGAGACCCAGAACAUCGAGAAGUGGACGUUGGAGAAGCUGCUCACGGAGCAGGCCAUCGCCGAACUCAGCCAGACCAACGACAAGCUCAAGCAGGAGUGCGAUCGGCUCUACCGGGAACUCGAGGCGUGGAAGCAGCUGGCCCAAGACGCGGGUUUGCAGUUACCUCAGCCGAAGGAGGAGCCCGGGUCCAGCGGUUGAGCAGCAGCCAGCCAUGGUGUUCUUGCUCGCUUCCUCCACCGCGGCCAUUGAUCCGCUUGUUCUCUGCUCGCGGGACUGGGAGAGACUGCGCUGCGAGUUCGCACCUGAACUUGGCUUUGGCUCUUGGCCCCCGGAGGCAUCGAGAGAGCCUUUGUUUUCUUGGGCAAUGUUUGUUGAGGGUAUACCCGGUGGCUUGGUGGUUUCCUCACACCGCGUUUUCCUAUGGCUUUUUUUUCCCUUGUGUCGAUAGGAAUCAUUGGCCUCUUUCCCCCUUUGAGCAGCUCGCACACGGCGCUCGCGAAUCCGGCGGCUGCGUUCUAGCGUUGGCGUCUCUUGCACUGGCACGACGCAAUACCGUUGGCCAGUUGCCUACAGUAUUGUCGUCCCCCCUUCCUUUUCCUUCACCUCGGAGGCAGUUUUUACCCGGCCGC